GCCAUGAACUGUUUAGACAAGAUGAUAGAGCUCUUCAAGUCAUAGCAUACUAUGAUGAUGUAGAAGUUGUCAAUCCUUUGGGAUCUAAACGAAAGAAGCAUAAAGUGGGUUGUUUCUACAUCUUAGCAAACUUGGCACCUGUCCAUAGGUCUGCUGUGGAAGCAAUUCAGCUAAUUGCCAUUGCAAAGACAAAUGACAUACGAAAUUAUGAUGUUGAUCUUCUUUUGCAGCCAUUUGUGGACGAGAUCAACACUCUUUUGAUGGGCCACACAUUUAUUAUACAUGGAAAUGAGCAACGGUUAUCUGGGUCUGUGGUUGCAUUUUGUGGAGACACUCCUGCAAGCAAUUUCUUGGGUGGAUAUAAAGGAGUUAGAGGAGCAUUUAGAAAGUGUCGUCGAUGUAUUGCUAGUGAUUCAGACAUACAAAACAAGUUUACAGAAAGCAAGUUUGUUAUGAGGAAUGAAGUGAUGCAUGAAGAACACUGUCAGUAGCUGGAAGAUUCUGACUUACACUCUCACUUCUCAGUCAAUUAUGGGUUAAAUUAUAGGAGUGUUUUAAGCAAAAUCAAGAACUUCAAAGUCACUGAGUGCCUACCAUUUGACGUUAUGCAUAUUCUUUUGGAAGGAGUGAUCACCAGAGAAAUUAGAUUGCUCCUUCAACACUGCUUUUCUCAGAGAUAUUUUACACUUGUAACCCUGAACCAACAGAUGAAGUAUGUAGAUCUGGGAUAUAAUGAAGGCAAAGAUCGUCCCACACAAAUAACAAGAGACGCUAUAGAUCGAGAUGACAAGUUAGGUCAGCGAGCUGCUCAGUCAUGGUGUCUGGCAGUGAACCUUCCAAUUUUCAUAGCUGAAUGGGUUCCAGCUGAUGAUGAACACUACUAUUCUUUUCUGCCAUUGCUGGUAAUAUUGGCAAUAUGUGUUGCAACAACUGUGACCACUGAUGAUGCUUGUCUUCUGGCAACUAUGAUUGAGGACCAUCACCACCGAUUUUGCCAAUUAUAUCCUGGCAAAACGAUAACACCUAAAAUGUAUUAUAUGGUUCAUCUGCCAAGUCAGCUUUUGAGCUUUGGACCUCUACAGACUAUGUGGUGUAUGAGAUUUGAAGCAAAGAAUGGACACUUUAAACGUCUUGUCAAAGAAAAUUUUAAAAAUAUUCCUUAUUCACUGGCUAAGCAAGCACAAUUGUACAUGUGCCAUCACUUGUUGUCAAGUCCUGAUGGAUCAUUAUCAUAUCUAGCAGUGGAAGAUCUUAUCCACUCUGGAACUACUAUAGACUUUGCGAACCACCCUUUAGCAGAGCAGCUCUCAAGAUAUCUUGGUUCAAGGAAUCAAACUCCAUUGUGGGUUUUGAGUGCUAAAGGUCUUACCAGGCGAAGUGUUAUAUACAAAAAAGGCUCUGUAGUGAAGAUUCCAGCACUUAAUCAAGAUAUUGACUUCACUUUUACUACAGUUGAUCUCAUUAUUGUGGCAGAGAAUGAGAAAUAUUUUGUUGUUCGAUGUCUUGAGAUCUGCUCUUUCAGUGAUCACUUUUACUUAUAUGAAGUUCAGCCAAGUGCAAAGACUACACUUGUUUCAUGCAAUUCUCUUAUAGAGAAUGAGUCAUUUUGUAUCAGAAAAGUUGGUGACAUGCUGUUGGUGACUGAAUUGCUGUUUUUCAUCACAUACCUGGACUUUAGGUAUGUAGCAUAUUUUCUUAAUUGUAUGACUGGUGUAAACAAUACUUCAUGUGUGACAUAGACUUCUACAUACUAAUGUAAAAAGCACCAGUUGCAGGUGUUGUUUCUAACUGAGAUUGUUAGAAUUUACGCAUUUUUCUUGUUUCAAAGUAGAAGGUUUGAUUUUGGACACUUCUUGUAAACGUUUCAAAACAUCAGUACUUGUU